ACAUUUUUGUGUACCCGAACCUUCGGUAUUUCGUAUCGACAGUGUGAAACUGAAUAAUAAUUCUUUAGUUCGGUCCUGAAAGAACGGAAUGGUGACCAGCAGUCAUCAGAGUUUCGGUCCCUCUGCUUCGUAUUUGUCCCCUGUCUUCGCCGGGAGAAGCGCUCUAAAGGCCUUUAUCGUGUGUGUUGACCACCGGACAUGUCAUAGGCUUAGCCUUUCCACUGCAAACAUCAUAUUGAAAUGCAACAGGUGCUAGUGCUUGAUUUGCUAGUACUUCAAAUCCAACGUCCUGAAGAACUUCUACUCACCCUGUAUACUUACAACUUCCUUUUUUAUUUUGCAAGACCUCCGCUUCGGAAAGAAGAAGAACAAUCAAAAGAAAUAAGAACGACAGCCUCUCCCGACGGUACUGCAAACAGAGAAUUAUAUCGAUUUCAUCACCUCUGUGGUGCUGAUUGGAAUAUAACGCUGAGCAACUAAGACAAAGACGCGAAACUCAUACUCAGUCGCAGCCCGCGCUCCUGCUUCAACGCACCGGCACCACUCCGACAUCUGUACUGUCUUCUUGUCGGGUAGAAGAAAAAGCAGACGAACAACAUGUCUGCUCCCGGUCAGGUACCAAAUUUGAACCUUUCCAAGAAUGAACCUUUACAACGUAAUGCCCCUUUGUUUACUUAUUCUGCCAUGCUUCUUUAUCUUUCUUUUCAGCUCUUGAGCGGCUCCUCGCUAGUUUUGGCAAUACUCUACACAACUCCAAUUCUUACUCAUGUUCUAUCAGGUCAACUACUACUAUGGUGCGCCGCCUCCGCCUCCGGCGCCUAUCAUGUGUGAUAAUUUUCUCUCCGCAGUGCCUGUGCCAGUGUUCAACAAGGUUCGCUAGUAGCAUGAAGAAACGCUGAGUACUACCUAGGCACAAACAGGAAUAUGUUGCAUUAUAUGUUGACACAACUAACGCUACCCCGGCAUCUUUCAUAGUAGCAACAAACUACUCGGAGGACACAACUCUAAGGCUUUAAUUAUAUAUCAAAGUGUGUUGCGGGAAAUAUAGAGUUGUGGUUCCGCCCAUCUUUGCGUUAAGGUGUCAGCCUACAGGCAACGCACGUCAUCAGAGGUAUAGAGGAUCCUCUAUAAUAUUUUCUGUAUGUGAAGAACAAAGGGAUAGAUGACAAUCACAGAGAAGGGAAAGGGAAUUAUUACACAGGAUAGCGGCGGCUGCAUCUCCGCAAGCCCCGGUAAUGGUGAUUCAGAACGACUCGCGUCCGGCUACGUCGUGCCGCGACGACAAAAACCCGAUUGGUGUGUGCGGUUGCGACAAGCGGGUCAAUAUCCACUUUUAACUUACUCGCUCCUCAGGAUCUUUAUACGGAAAUGCGAUUUUUGCAAAGUGUAAAAUUCUUGUCCGCCUGGUUCGUUUUCUGUGGGUGACUAUGACAAGCACAAGCACAGAUGAAAUUCGUCAAAGAAAAAUGAGCAGCCAAUACUGAGAAGAGUAUCGAAUCCUCCUGUGUCAUAUUGCAAAAGAACAGCAAAAUUUUUCAUGCUUGUUGCCGUUCAAGCACGUUGAUAAUAUAGAAGAGUGCGAAUUAUACGAAUUGCGCACCACCAGCUUGUUGCAGGUUAUGGUAGUCAAGAAAAGCAAUCCGCAUUUUCCCGAAAACUUAUCCUGAGAUGUUUUUAUUGCAUACCGUAUCCGAACUGUUGCCUAAGAUUCUGUUGCCCCUGGUGCACGGCGCUGAACUAUGAGGGAUGCACCUUGAUCGUGAUUUUACUUUUUAUUCCGAUUUAUCAAUCGCAAAUAUGUCAUACAUAGGCCGCUGGAAAUCAAUUUGUAUAGCUCUCCCAAGGACUUAGCCUCGUCUUUCAAUUUCUUCUAUGAGGGAAGUUGCUUCCUCUUCAUUUUCUGCGUAGUGCCAUAAGAUACGUGCGCAACAGCUCGCACAGCAACACACUUGGCUCAUGUAAAGCGCAUUUGGUCCUCUGGAAAAACACAUUGUAGCUCUAGCAUCUUCAUACGUUUCAUGUUCCAGUAGUCGACAUAUUUGCGAUGCAUACGCCCACUUCGGGCCUCAUCGGUUGCUACGUGUGCUGCUGCUGGCAGGCGCCGAUCUGGGGCAUCCACUACAACAAGCAGAACAUUCUGGUGGGGGCUCCCAUGGGGGCUGUGCAGCCGGGUGCUGGGCAGGUCACCUACGUGGCGGCGGGCAGCGGGAAAGAACCGUUUCCGGAAUUUAUGAGCGACGACGACGACGUGUAAAAUUAAUUUCCAGGUGUAGUUGCAAACGACCACCUUGCUGAGUCUGUAGUUUAAUCUCCGCGAAAUAACCGUUACAUCACGAAGAUACAGAACUCUUUAUGAAGAUGCAUGAGGAAGGUUAUUCAAAAGGAAGUCGUCAAAGUCAAACUAUAAUCAAAUCUCAAACUGAGCAGACAAUCUCGUAUAAUUUCUACGCGGUCAGUUGUCCGGAGGGCGCACCAGCAUCGCUUUUGGCUGUGCUGCUUUUCUCCUGGAAAUGGAAGCAGGCAAGAAGUACCUUCAUGAGAAGAGAAUUUUUCCGAAGCAGAAUGCUAUCGUGCAAGUUCUCGUCGUUUUCUAUAUUUUCUAUGGUUUAUGAUAUUUGCUACUUACUUUUUUCAACAUUCGUAGUACUCAAUACAAUUCACGAAACUUGCGCCCCAACAGGCAUGGAGAACAAGGAUCACAGUCUGGAAUGCGUGGUCGUAUACCUACGUGAUUUUUACUACGCUUCCUAAUUUUGAGGACCGCUAUUCAUAAUUAUAGCUUUUUAUUUUCAUUUAAUGACAGAGAGAGAGAAUGUAUAUGUAUUGAUGUAAGUGUUGCAGACAGAAUGGAUUUUUUCUCUGCAAUAAAAGGCUGGCGCGAAGAUCAAGACUUCAUCCGAGAACUAAAACUAAUCCUUCUUGAAAGGAAUAAUGCGAACGCAAUUGACACUAUCACUAACUCUUCCGUCGGCAAGUUUUGUAUGUACUUAGCAACUACAGCCCGAAGCUGCGACACUUUUUUGUUAUUGCGAGAGCGUCGGUUCUUCGCAUGGGCACGCACAGAUACGAAACAGUUGGGAUGUAACUAUACUUGAGUAGUACUCUCGUAGUCAACAGUUUGCACCAAUGAAAAAUAAAAGUAAAAAUGCUGGACCUUCAACACUAUACGCUACGUCGUAGAUGACCGCAAGCA